AUGCAGAUCAUUUGGCAGGACUCGGACACUUACGAAGAUGCGCGCAUCGGGCGUGUAUUCAACCAUCGUCGCCCGCGCCGAUUCCCCCUGGCCGUGGUCAAGGCAACCUGCGAGGAGGAUAUUGUUGCCGCCGUGAAGCUCGCAGUGGAGCGCAAUUGUCGUGUGGCCGUUCGAUCGGGUGGCCACUCGUGGGCAGCGUGGAGUGUGCGUGAUAAUUCCAUUCUGAUCGAUCUCGGCAACUUCAAGCAGGUCGAAGUCGAUGCAGAGAAUCGGAUUGCCAGAGCUACUCCCAGUAUGACGGGCCGGGAGCUGAACUCGGUUCUGAUCCGAGAUCAUCAACUCAUGUUUCCCGGUGGACAUUGUCCCGACGUUGGCCUGGGAGGUUUCCUCUUGCAGGGAGGUAUGGGAUGGAACUGUCGUAAUUGGGGCUGGGCCUGCGAAAGAGUUGAAGCCGUGGACGUCGUCACGGCCGAGGGUAAUCUGCUGCACUGCAACGCCGAACAAAACUCGGAGUUGUAUUGGGCCGCACGAGGCGCCGGACCCGGAUUCCCUGGCGUGGUGACCAAGUUCCAUCUUCGCUUGAACCCAUACCCCAAGAAUGGUGGCUUUCGAUCUUCGGGCUACAUUUAUCCUAUUCAUUGUUAUCGUGAGGUAUUCCGGUGGAUCAUUGAGCUCUCUCCCACGUUCGACAAGGACACGGAAAUUGCGGCCAUCUCGCAUUUCCCGGAAGGUAGCAACGAAAUGCGGUUCUUCGUGCUGUUUGUCACCAUGAAGGACUCAGCGGAAGCCGCCGACAAGGUACUUCGUCCGGCUCAGCAAAGCCGGCCCGCGGGCACAGUCGACGAACGGUUCUCCAAAGAAGAUAGUCUUGACGAGCAGUACAAUAACCAGGCAGCUGCAAACCCCGAGAACCACCGUUACUGUGCCGAUAACGCCUACAUGGCCGAUGACGCGGAUGUCCCGGCGGUUUUGGAAGAGGCAUUUACCACACUCCCCAUCGCAAAUCAUUCGCAUUGUGGCUGGGUCAGGAGCAUCAUGGAAAAAGUCGAACGGCAUUCGGUCGGCGCCUACCUUGGGGAUUCUGAUUUCCAAGUGCGCAAGACGAAGUUCUGGGCCGACGAGAAUGCGAAGCGCUUGAUGGAGAUCCGACGUCGGUGGGAUCCAACGGGGAGAAUCUGUGGAUACUUGGAUCAAGGAGACGUAUCCGGCACUCAAGGCUUAGACAAUGCUCAUGAGUGGUGA